GGGUUGCCCCGGUUUAUCGAAGCUGUCGGAGGCCCCCUGAAGUAUUUGACGCUCGACGGACCGAGACCGACACUGGAUAAGAAGUGGAUUCUUGAGAAAUGCCCCAACCUGGAAGAGCUGGUACUAUACGGGUACUUCGUGGAUGUACGGAUCAACCUCCGCGAGUUUCGCGCUAACAAUCGGAGAUUACCUAUGACAAGUUGCAACUGGGACAAUAUUUCGGAGGUCGUGGCGGCGUUGAGCGACCCGAACCAUGCUGUUGCAACGUGCCUGACUCGGCUGCACGUUCGACUGAUGAAUCGGCGGAGAGGCUGGGAUAACGAAUUACGGAUCUACGACGAAUCUGCCCGCGACGCCCACCUCACUGCGCUUGUGCAGAUGCUCGAGGUAAAUCGAAGCCUCGUGUUUCUUGAUAGUGUCGUUCCACUACGAGAUUUUUCGCGCACUAUCGAGUUUAAGAAGCACCACCUGCAGCCAACGCGCCAAUCGAUUCAACUUGAAUUAGAGACGAAGCUUGCCUUCUUGAGCAUUUUCCCGCAUCAAAGAGCGUUGAAGAAGAAACCAAAGCAGGAGCUCCCCCAAGCAAAGCAUUUGAUACCCGAGCUGAACCAGAACGUGCUCUCCCGGAUUUUUGCUCAAGCUUCUACGCCGGUUCUUAGAAAGGUUUACUACCGU